AUCGGCAAUAUAGACCUAUACCGACUCAAGUACAGUGAAGCUAUAGGAAUCGAACUUCGACUUUAUAUCUUACAUUAAAGAGUGAUUAAUGCAUACGACCUCGACUUAGCCGAGAUUUAGACUUAUUUUACGAAUUAAGGAUUUUAAAGUUCAGCAAUAAUCUGAAAGGGUUAACAAUUUAAAAGCCUAGUGAAUUGAACGUACGAACUUAUAAAAAAAGUUUUUCAAGUGAAAUUGGAUAUUACCAUACAUUCAUAUCGGAGAUAAAAAACUUAGAAAAACAAGCCAGUAUUUUGUAGAUAAAUACCAUGUAUUAGACGAAGUGUACGCGACUUUUGUUUGCCAUCAAUAGUCAUCUUUGUGGGCCAACGACUAAAAAAACAAAAUGGGUGCCAGGGGCGUCGUGUCCCUCCCUCCACUAUUUUCAUUCUUUGUCCUCUUGUUUUUUCUUCAACCUUGUUACAUGAAAAGCGAAGAGCCAAGAAAAUGUUUGGAAAUUUCUAUACCGAUGUGUAAAGGCAUAGGAUACAAUUACACGUAUAUGCCGAACCAGUUUAACCACGAGACGCAAGAGGAGGCCGGAUUGGAAGUGCAUCAGUUCUGGCCGUUGGUAGAGAUCCAGUGUUCUCCAGAUUUACUUUUCUUCUUGUGCAGUAUAUAUGCUCCAAUUUGUAUGACCAAUUACAAAAAGCAUCUACCAGCUUGUCGUUCCGUCUGCGAGAGAGCUAAAUCUGGUUGUGCGCCGUUGAUGCGACAGUACGGUUUCGCUUGGCCGGAACGUAUGAAUUGCGAAAGUUUACCAGAAUACGGAGACAAAGAUCAUCUUUGUAUGGACAUGAACACAACUGAUCCUCAAACACCUGCACCACCGACAGGAGGGUUCACUGGUAAACCACUCCCUAAACGACCCAUUACCCAGAAACCAGGCGGUGGAAUAAAUCCAAUCGACAUUGUUCCCCUGACUACCAAACUUCCAGGCAAACAGUGCUCGUGUAAGUGUGAGUCUCCACUCGUGACCGUAAAGGAAGGUAAUCCAAAUUAUUAUAACCGGAUCAAGACUGGUGGAAUCGCAAACUGUGCUGUCAAUUGUUACAGUCCGUAUUUUGGGAAGAAUGAAAAGACGUUUGCGACAUUUUGGAUCGGAUUAUGGUCAAUUCUUUGCUGCAUUUCCACCGCCAUGACAGUAAGUACGUUCUUUGUGGACAUGCAACGCUUCAAAUAUCCAGAACGACCUAUUAUUUUUCUCAGUGCUUGCUACUUCAUGGUUAGUGUCGGAUACAUCAUCCGACUGAUAGUCGGUCACGAAAAAGUCGCAUGUGACGGAGAUAUGAUCCGAUAUGAAACGACCGGACCGGCUUUGUGCACAGUUGUAUUCUUGCUAGUGUAUUUCUUUGGAAUGGCAAGCUCUAUUUGGUGGGUUAUUCUUUCUUUCACGUGGUUCCUUGCCGCUGGAUUAAAAUGGGGCCAGGAGGCUAUCGCCAGCUAUUCCCAAUAUUUCCAUUUAGCUGCUUGGUUGAUCCCUUCCGUCAAAAGUAUCGCAGUGUUAGCCAUGUCGUCCGUUGACGGAGAUCCCAUCGCCGGAAUAUGUUACGUCGGCAACCAAAACAUCGAAAACAUGCGUGGAUUUGUGCUGGCUCCUUUGUUCGUUUACCUCAUUAUUGGAACCUCCUUUCUUCUCGCCGGAUUUGUGUCACUUUUCCGUAUUCGUAACGUAAUAAAACAACAAGGACGUGGUAAAACGGACAAAUUAGAACGACUAAUGAUCCGAAUUGGAGUGUUCUCCGUCCUAUAUACAGUGCCAGCGACCAUUGUCAUUGCAUGUCAUUUCUACGAACAGUAUCUUAAAGACAAAUGGGAAACGAGUCAUAACUGCUUAUCCUGCCAAGCACCGCAAUGGCGGCCGGACUAUUCAGUGUUUAUGUUAAAAUACUUUAUGUGCCUCGUUGUGGGUAUCACUUCCGGAUUUUGGAUCUGGACGGGCAAAACCGUGGAAUCUUGGCGA